GUGCCAGCGUGGGGACUGGGCAAGCUUCUCUGUUGACCUUUUGGAUAAGAUCCACAGUGUCCUGGAUGGAAAGCGAGGUGGCGUGUUCGGCAAGUAUUUUCUCAAGUCAGCAAGACUGGUGAACAAGCACUGGAGCGGUUGGGCCAACCACGCAACCAAAUGUGUGAAGGUUCCCAUUCGCAGCCGAUUGCGCAGCUUUGCAAGGCUGUGUUCUGGAUCCAGGCAACGUCCCAGAGAAAUCAGCGACAGUGAUGCAGCAUGGAUGACUUCUGGCUCUGCUGCUCUAAGACAUGGCAGAGAGAUGUUCUUUGCAAAGUUGGGCAUUGUGGACAUGCUGAGGGUUGUGGUGGCGAAGUUUGUUGGAGUGGAGCAGCUGACCUUGCCACACAACUUGCAGUACAGCGCUCUUGCUUUGCCCCUCCUGGGAAGUGUGAAACACUUGCGGUACAUUGCGCUGAGCGGAGGCAGUUUGAAAUUGGGGAGUCUAGCCUGGCUGGGAGCUGUGGAGAGCCUGAGGUGCCUGACCGUUCAUCCCACCAGCAGGCAGUCUGAAGCCCUGUGGUGCUAUUGGACCAUUGUGCAGCUCACCCACUUGCAAGGUUUGGAGCUGUCAGGGCCGGGGUUUUGCUUUGACAAUCUGGCCUGGUUGAGGGAUGUCACGAGCCUGAAGAAGUUAUGUUUGAAUUUUGGCUGGCAUUCUGACGGUGAAGUUCUUGGAUACGUGUCGCACAUGACAUCCCUGAACGAUCUCGCCUUGCAUGGCUUUUUGAUCGCCGAUGAGGACCUUGCACAAUUGAGGGCACUGGUGGAACUGACAUCACUGACUUUCGAAGACUGCCGCUUUUCGACACCUGAUGUGUUGACGUGCUUGAGCACCUUGUGCUUGCUCAGCUCUUUCACUGCCCUGUAUUGCAGUAAUUUGGACCUAAGGUACUUGAGUGGAUUGCCUUCAUUGCGCACUCUGCAUGUGACACACGACGACUCGAGAGACCCAAGCUGGAUAGCAGCAAUGACAUGCCUCACCUGCUUAAAGGUGGAUAUGGGAACCACACUUUGGCCACGUCUUGAACAAUGGGGUGCGUUGAAGAACCUCAGAGCUCUGGAACUGCUGACUAUUGUACCUUGUAUGGAUUUGAAGCUCGACAUCUUGAGAGAUCGAUUUCCUGCUGCUGAGGUAGUUGAGCGCUCUUGCUGA